AUGGCCCCCCUCUACCAGACGCUCGAAACCCUGGAACUCAUCUCCGGCGCCACAAUCCAAUGGCCGCACCACGACAGCACCCGCCUCGACCUACGCCCUUUCAUCCACCUGACCCGCGCCAAUGUUGACUCCAAGUUUUUCUUCCCGCCCUCCACUGACCCCGUGGGCCGUAAAGACCUAACACCGCUGCUUCCCCACAACCUGGCCUCUCUCACUCUGGCCUUCGACACCGCCACCACUGCCCUUGGCCCCUCUGGCUCCUCCUACCAGUGGCUCCUGACCCUUGUCCAACGUGCCCCCCAGCAGCUCCCCGGCCUUCACACACUCCACAUUCGCGAACAGGACUACCGGGGACAAUCAUUCUGCCAGGUGUGCGUCCCUGUUUUCGGAAUCUACGAAUGGGAUCCCCCAGCCGAUGCUCAAUACGUUUUGUCUAAGAUCCGGAUGAUGAGGAAGAAGGCGUCCCUGGCCUCUGUGGGUCGAAAGCGGGAGGUCCACCAGUAA